GAAACCUCAACUCUUCUCAACAGCAUGUCCUUAAGCGUAUGAAGGACUGUUUUUUGUCGACUUUUGUUGUUAUUCAAUCUCCCUACCAGUAUAUUCAAAUAGUUCAAUACCUCUAGUAAUCAUGAAUACCAUUUCAGACUACAUAAUGUCCGACAACAUAAUAAACCCUCUGCUGGACGGAGGCUAUCUCCCCCACGCGGUAAUCCGCGUAGGCAUACGGCGACAGCUCGCUGACCGAUUAGCAUCAAUUGCUACAGCUUCCCUGGAAUCCGGCUAUGAAUCCAAGAUGAAAUAUGUGGAUCUGUUACGCACUCGUCCAAUCGCAAUUGAAACCAAGACAGCAAACGAGCAGCAUUACGAAGUGGGAACGGGUGUUCUUAAAGGGUGCUUGGGACCGAGGAUGAAGUAUUCGGCUUGUUUGUAUGAGAAGGGUGGGGAGACUCUGGCGCAGGCUGAGAUCGCCAUGUUGAAGCUUUAUGUGGAGAGGGCGGAGUUGAAAGAUGGUAUGAAGAUUCUGGAUCUAGGAUGCGGCUGGGGUUCAGCAUCCCUCUUCUUCGCCGAGCUAUUCCCCAACUCACAAAUCACCGCCUUCUCCAACUCCCGCACACAAAAAGAGUACAUCGACAGCGUUGCCCGCAGCAAGAACCUCACCAAACUUACCGUAAUCACCGGCGACGUUGUGGACUACGAAUUCACUCCGUCCACAUUCGACCGCGUUGUAUCCAUCGAACUCUUCGAGCACAUGAAGAACUACCAACUACUCUUAGCCAAAGUGUCGAGAGCGUUAAAGCCUGGAGGUAAACUCUUUGUGCAUAUUUUCGCACAUCAUAGCACGCCGUAUGAUUUCGAGAGCGGGUGGAUGACCGAGCACUUCUUCACUGGUGGUACGAUGCCCUCUGCGGACCUUCUUCUUUUCUUCCAGAACGACCUGCAGGUGAAGAGACAGUGGUGGGUGAAUGGAAUGCAUUACGCAAAGACAUGCGAGGGCUGGCUGAGCAAGAUGGUGAAGAGCAAAGAUGAGAUUUGGCCGCACUUGGUUGAGACGUAUGGAGAGGAUAAGGUUGUGACGUGGUGGAACAGGUGGCAGAUCUUCUAUCUGGCUUGCGCUGAACUGUUCAAGUAUGAUGGAGGAGACGUGUGGGGUGUUAGUCAUUACUUAUUCGAGAAAGCAAGCGAGUGAUGGGAGGCAUAUUGCAGUGUGAGAAAUGGUAUCAUUUAGUUUGAACUGAUGUACGCCAAAAUCACUCCCUUUUGAUGCCAAUCACGAUAUCCGCAAAUGCGCCUGGGUUUAGGGCUCAUUCUCUCAUGAAGUUCUAUUUAUCCUCUUUCGUCAUCAAUUCCACGCCGGUUCUCACUACGCCGAUCGUGGCUCCCGUUUGGAUAGCUUCGCUACCACCACC